AUGGUGUUCGCAUUUUGGAAGGUCUUUCUGAUCCUGACCUGCCUUGUAGGUCAAGUUAAUGUGGUGCAAGUGACCAUCCCAAACCGUGUCGUGAAUGUGACUAUUGGAUAUAAUGUCACUCUCAUCUGCACCUACACCAGCACUGUGGCCUCCAGGGACAAUCUUUCUAUCCAGUGGUCACUCUCCAAUAAGAAGGAGUCACGUCCAAUUACUGUUUACUAUUAUGAAGGUGGACAAGCUGCAUCCAUCGGGCAAUUUAAAGAUCGAAUUGUUGCGUCCAAGGAGCCAGAUAAUGCAUCCAUCACUAUUUUGCAUAUGCAACCAGAAGAUAGUGGCAUCUACACCUGCGAUGUUAACAACCCCCCAGAUUUUAGUGGCAGCAAUCAAGGCGUUCUCACAGUCAAUGUGUUAGUCAAACCUUCUAAGCCCUUUUGCAGCAUUCAAGGAAUAGCAGAAACUGGCCGACCAAUCUCUCUUUCUUGCCAUUCGGUGCUUGGAACGCCUUCCCCUGUGUACCACUGGUAUAAACUUGAAGGAAAAGAUAUCAUCCCCGUGAAAGAAAGCUUCAACCCAGCCAUCGGGACUUUGGUUAUUGGAAAUCUGACCAAUUUUGAACAAGGUCAUUACAAGUGCACUGCAAUCAACAACCUCGGCAAUAGCUCCUGUGAAAUCGAUCUAACUAUUUCACAUCCAGAAGUUGGAAUCAUUGUUGGGGCCUUGGUGGGUACCCUAGUAGGUGCUGCCAUUAUCACCUUUGCGGUGUGCUACGCAAGGAGCAAGGCAAAGGCAAAGGGGAAUGAAAGGAAGAGAACUUCUAAAACCAUCACAGAACUCGAACCAAUGACAAACAGAGUUACAGAGUUCGAGACAAUGCCGUCUGAAGAUGUUAUUCAACUAGAAGCAACACCAACUUCCUUCCAUGAGAUUGAACCCGAUACCAUCCUGGGGGCAGAUCAUGGGCCUAUCACCAUUCCUGAGUAUUCCCUGGAGCCUGCCUCAGGACCUGAGCCUGCCCUGGUGCCUGAGCUUGAUAUCCAGCUGGAGCCCAAGCCCAAACCCGAGACCAAGCCAGAGCCCGGGAUUGCAAUUAAAGCCUUGGGUGAUAAGGAAAAACCAGAAUAAGUCAUAGGCUGGUAGCCUAACUGCAGUGUUUAUCACUAAGGAACCCAUUACUGGCACUUAGAAUUCAGUUGACCUAACCAAUCACCCAGUUCCUCUCUCCAUUUUGACCAACCCUCUUUUAACAAGGUGCUCCUACCAUCAAUGCAAAAUAAACAGGUCAAGAUAACUACUAAAUAAAUGCAAGGGUUCCUGCCUUACCAGUAAAAUGUACUUACAAUUUUACUAACACAUAAGCAUAACUAAUUAUAAAA